AUGGCUUCGUACGGUCGCGCCGGCAGCCUAGCGGCGACCCCUGGUGAGAAGCUGAUGGAACUGCUCCGUCCCAGCGCUGGGACCCCCCGGCGGCACUCCACGGCGGCGUGCGCGUCCGCCCAGCCGCGACCCUCGGGCUUCGUGUACUGUCCCUCAGAUGCCCUGCCGUACUGCCCGCCCUCGAGGCUCGCCCCGCCCAGACCCGUUAAGUUACCGCCGCCGAUACAGCCCGUGCCACCGCCGCAACCACCGCCAGUUCCUCAGCGAACCGCGCCAGUAGUUACGCCACUGCCGGUGCCGCCAGCACCGCCCCGUAGGUCCUCACCACAGCCGCCGAAGCGGGUGCCACCACCCACACCACCACGGCCCGUAGCAACAGACCCAACCGGGAUCCGAAGGAAUCCGCCCCCGCGCAUCGACUGCAACCGCAACCCACCGCCACCACAGCCGCCGGUGCCCAGACGGCCCCCACAGAAGAUGCCAGACAACCCGCUGCCACCGCCACAACAAAAUCAACAAAUGAAACGAUCCCCGAGUUCAGGAUCUAAUAUAAGCGUGCGGCAAGACUCGAACGUGUCCUCAGACUCUUUCAGUCAGACCUCGUCUCCGUCAUAUACGACAAAGACUAUGGAAGCGCCACUGCUUCCUCAGCAGCACUUGAAUAAAAGUCUAAACGCGAAAAUAGCGCGUGGACUCUUAUUGAAAGAACAGCAGGAGAAAGAAAAUGCCAAUUCGUCCAUCACCAAGAGCAUGUCGACGCCGGCGUCGCUACAGACUAUCGUCAGAUUUCAAAAUGGCAGCAACAUGUCGCUGCAUCAUCGGGGAGAUGAGACUAAGGGAAGAGAGGCUUUUGCCCAGCCGUGGGAUAGUUGCGACUGA